AUGGGAAAUACACAAAGUACUGAUGUUUAUAUUGCUGAACCACAGCUAUCUGACCUAUGUGAUUCUCGUUCAUUACUCGGCAUAUGGCGUGAUACGAAACAUGGUUAUUGCAUGCGUUUCGAUGAUGUUUAUGAUAGAAAAUUAAAUCGUAUUGCUGGUUUAUCAUCAACUGGAGCCCAUGCUCAAGCAUGUUUAACAGGUGCUAUUGUCGAUUUAAAAUUAACCUUAUCGGAUAAUUGUUCAUCGUAUUAUUAUAAAGGUUUAUUAGAAAUAAGCAACGAUGACCAACAAACACAUACAAUACGGUGGACAAAGAAAAACAUAAAAACUGGACAAUGGUAUUUGACUAGUUCCUGGGUCAAAAUUUAA